UGUAGAGCGAAUGAAGUAAUCGAAAUUGUUCUCGAGUUUGGUGGCUUCAAUGCGGUUGAAGAUUAACAGCUGUCGACUCCUCCUCAAGACCACCUAUGUCGAAGACAACCACCACACUCGUUUUACUUCCUACAUUUCGUCCGAGAUCCGAUCGCCACUGCUAGAAUAGGCAGGGACGGGGACUCAUUUGGCCUUCGCUGACUGGGUUGCGCCUACUUCAUCUUGCCGCGUCUUGAGGACGCUGGCUACACCAACACCAGUCCACCUCCCGGAUCGCGACACAGAUUUGGAUUGCGCCCACCAUGUUGCGCCCGGCAACGCCCUUGGCAGUGCUGCUUUUUGCAGCAUUCGCCUUACUUCUGAUAUCUGUGCUGUCCACUCCGAUCAUAGAGCCAAUCCCCCUGGGCACGUUCAGAGGUGUCAACUUUGGCGUCUUUGGUUUCUGCAAGCCGGAUGGCUGCAGUGCUAUUGAAAUCGGAUAUGACACUUCUCAAAUCUUCACACCAGCUGACUCGGCAACCUUCGACCUCCCCUCCUCUGCGCGAACAACUCUCUCGGCCAUUCUUAUUAUCCACCCGGUCGCUGCUUUCUUCACUCUGGCCAUGUUUGUUCUCGCUGUUGUCGCCCACUUCCAUUCGGCUUCACACUCUGCGAGGUAUCUCCUCCUGGUCUUCAUCGUCAGUUUGUUGGACUUCCUCCUCUGCCUGCUGGCCUUCCUCAUCGACGUUCUUCUAUUUGUUCCACACAUGGCCUGGGGAUCAUACCUUGUGCUGGCUGCUACCAUCAUGGUUGCUUUAAGCAGCCUGGUGUCAUGUGCCAUGCGGAGAACCGUCGUGAGCAGGAAGACGAGGCAGAAGCGCAUUGCACAAAAUGCCGAGAUGAGCGGCGAGAACUUCUUCAACAGGCAGGCUCAAGAGGCCCAACAGGCUGCGGCGGCGUCAACUGUGACAAUGCAGCCCACCGUUCCUGUUCUAAGCGGCGCCAAUGGUGCGGGGGAGCCUGGUGGAGACAGACUCCCAGAGUUUGCAUCUUUCGGGAAGAAGGAUGACAGAAGCAGCGAUGAGAGAGUGCCUUUGACAGCGCGCAGUCCUUCACAGAGGUCGCCCAACAACCUAGCCAGUGAUCUCGCUGUCAACGCGACCGAUCUGCCCCCCAACGGGCCUGGCAUGCAUAGUCCCCCCCAUCGAUCCAACUCAGCUCCCCCCGUCCAGUUCGAUCAGUUUGGGAAUCCUAUCCAGGGGCCCCCAGAUGGGUACGGAGUGAGGAGGGGACCGUCUUUUGAGGGGAUGAAUUCAAGAGGUAGAGGGGGAGGGAUGCCACCAGGGGGUUACCGUGGUCGAGGAGGUUAUCGUAGCCCAGGGCCCGGAAGAGGCGGGUAUGAUGGCUACGGGCCGCCACCAAACGGAGGACGGGGCGGAUACGGGUCUCAGCAACGGGGAGGGUACGGACCUCCACCAGGUGCAAGAGGUGGAUACGGCCCACCGCCAAGAAGCUACGGGGGAGCGGGAAUGAGGGGGGGGAGGCCGCCGCCGCCAGGAUACCAAGAUGGACCCGGACCGUAUGACCGGAGAGGAUAUACAGGACCCUAUGGCAGACAGGCGUCUCCCGGACCGCCGUCAGCUCCCGGCUACAUGGAUCCAUCCAACCCCAGUAUUUCGACUCUUAGCUAUGACGCGUACAACCCGGAGCGGGGCAGCUUACCGCGGGCAGAGUCACCGCCUCCUCUUCCAACAGGAGGCAAUGCUGCCCAAGCAGUAGAGCUAGAUGCGGCGAGCGGCAGCCCCUCACACCCGCCACAAGGCUACGGCCAGUUUGGCAUCAGAGAGAGCGAUACUGAUGUCGCCGGCAUGCUUGCUCUUCAGCAGGCGAGGGCAACCUCGCCUCGACGCCAAGAGGCGUACAUAAGCGGAGAUAGCAGAUAUAGCCAGGAGGAACCCGCCUAUGUACCCCCGCGGCAGGCAUGGAACCAAGGAGCCGGAAGAAGCUCGCCGAGGAUGCCCUCCCCGUUGAAUGUGCCGAGCCGAGCCCCAGAGCUCGCCAACCGCGGAAGCCCGGGUCCACAGCAGCCCCCUCAGGCUGGUGAGUACUACGAGGACGUGGAUCCGCGCUUCGCGGAGCCCUCCACUACCCAAAGACCGACUCCCCCACCUAUCCAAACCACUAACUCCUACGAGGAUAUCCCGCUUGGGGAACGGAGCCCCGCAGAAUCUGAACGGUCAAACUUUACAUCCAUAUCCCAGCGAGGCAUAAACCCCAGGUGGAACCCGCCCCCGCCCAUGCCCCAACCCAUGGCACAGGGCUACGGCCAGAACAUUGCACCCCGUCGGGCCUUGAACCGCAAUGACGUGCUGCUCAAGUCGAAUCCCGACUUCGAGCUCCCGGCACCGCGGAAUAUCCAGCCAAGGGCAGGCUCAGGGAUGAUUCCGGGCAGUGCAUAUCCUGCCGGUCCUCUAUAAAUGGCACGGGAACCCCC